AUGAGCGGUCGAUUGGUGGCAAGGCUGACGGCGUUGAUCGAUGCUCUACUCGCUCGAAGUGGCUACCCACAUCCACCAUUUGUGCCGGCCUUGGCCCUUGCCCCAACGAUCUCUCCAUUUGAUUCACCAGCCUCCUCUUCGUCAUCUCGAUCAAUUGGGGAUCUCGUUCGUGAAAUGAGCGUUCUCUGGGGUGUGCCAAAAACGAGAACAACAAAACCUGUGAAAGCGACGCGCAAAUUCUCGUACACGCGGAUCAUGGCACCGAUCACCGGUAUUGUGACGUGUCCGUCUUGUGGAUCGAAACAUUUGGAGGAAACGAUUUGUGGGACGUGCUAUGAGAAGGUUCGCGAGGUAACCAAUUCGAUCAAGGAGAAAAUGAUGGCCUACAAUCCGUACAAGGGCGAUCGACAGGAUAAAGAGGUGUUCCUCCGAUUCAGCGAUGACGUGAAAGACGGUGAGGAUGAGGGAGUGGUGAAAGGGAAAAGAGUGAUUGAAUUGGAAAGACCUCGACCAUCAUGGUUCAAGAGGAUCUUCCCGAAUAAA